UACUGUGUCAGCACGAUGUCAGACUCGGAAUUUCACUAAAUUGCUGUUCUCGGUCUUCUGUCCGUUUAUGGCCAUAGGGAUUUGCUUAACCUUAAAUUCUACCUUGCGUUGGAGCGCUUUCGAUGUGAGAGAACAUGUUCGGCAAAUUGAUCUCGGGCGUAUUUCAAUCCUUACCACGGGCCACAAGCGAGCUUUCAACAGCGACUACGGUAUGGAGCCCGUGGAGCUUAACAUUUGUCAGAAAUAGGGUGAGAUAUCACUUCCCUCGUCCCAGCGAAACGAAACGCAUAAAAAAGCACGGCUGGUUGACGAGAUUGUCGACGCCGAAUGGCAGAAGAAUUCUCCAGAGAAGAAUCUUAAAAGGCAAGCACGUGCUGUCUCACUGACCAUUGUCGUGUCAGCCAUCUGGUCAAUUACAAUGUAUGAAGAUAUGUGAUAAGAAAUAUAAAUGUUAUCGAUUUAA